AUGCUUCUGUUCAUUCUCUUUUCUCCUUGUGUCAAGGUGAUCAUUCGUAGGUUGCCUCCUACUCUGACCAAGGAACAGCUGGAAGAACAUCUUCAACCUCUGCCUGAACAUGAUUAUUUUGAGUUCUUUGCAAAUGAUUCUAGUCUGUAUCCUCAUAUGUUUUCUAGAGCAUACAUCAACUUUAAAAACCAGGAGGACAUCGUUUUGUUCCGGGAUCGCUUUGAUGGCUAUGUUUUCGUGGAUCAUAAAGGUCAGGAGUACCCUGCCAUAGUGGAAUUUGCUCCUUUUCAAAAAUCAGCAAAAAAGAAGAAUAAGAAGAAAGAUGCCAAAACCGGGACUAUUGAGGAUGACCCUGAAUACAAGAAAUUUUUGGAGAGCUACUGUGCUGAGGAAGAGAAACUGACAUCUACUCCUGAGACUCUCUUAGAAGAAAUCGAAGCAAGAAAUAAAGAGCUGAUAGCCAAGAAGACAACUCCCCUUUUGAACUUCUUGAAAAAUAAGCAGAGGAUGAGAGAAGAAAAGAGAGAAGAGAGACGGCGGAGAGAGAUCGAGAGAAAAAGGCAAAGAGAAGAAGAAAGGAGAAAAUGGAAGGAAGAAGAGAGAAGAAAAAGAAAGGAUACAGACAAGAUAAAGAAGAUUGAAAGAGGUCCAGAAAAAGAGAGGGAUAGAUCAAAGGAUGAACCAAAGAUUAAGCUGCUCAAGAAGCCAGAAAGAGGAGAUGAAAAAGAAUUGGAAAAAAGGGAAAAAUCCAAGAGAUUGGACAAAGAGAUUCUGAAUGAGGAAAAACCCAGUGGGCAGAGUAGUACGGCCGUCAAGCCUUCUGAUGGGGAAACGAAAGAAGAAAAAGCCAAGAAAUCUGAAGAUGAGGGUGGCAAAGACCACAGGGAGAGGGACAAGGACUAUGAAAGAGACAAAGAGCGAGAGAGGCAGCAGCGAGACAAGGAGAAACUGAGGCGUCAGGAAGAAGACAGAAGGAGACAAAAGGAGCGCUUUGAGAAGGAGAAGACCUUUAGAAGAAAAGAGGAAGAAAUGAAAAAGGAAAGAGAUCUACUUAGGGACAAAGGAAAGAGGAAUGAUGGUACAGAUUUAAUAGGCAACUCAGACAGAAUGACCAAAGAGGAAAGAAAAGAAGAUGUGUCCAAAAGAGAUCGCAUAAGAAACAAGGACCGCCCAGCAAUGCAACUCUACCAGCCAGGUGCCCGGAGCCGGAAUCGCCUGGGACCCUAUGAAGACAGCUCUUUGAAAUCUGCAGAGCCAGCUCCAGAUAAAAAGCAAGAGAAUGAGAACAAUAGUAGGAAAGAAGAGGAAUGAUGGCCCCAGAUAGCUAACUGUUCUAACUGUGCAGACAGCCAAAGAGCAGGAAUCGAGCAGUCUAUAAGUGCCUUCAAAAAGAAGGAAUAGAAAGAAUCUCAGAGGGUCGAGGUGCUAGUGGGGCUCCCUUUCAGAUGAGCACGUUAUGGGGGGAGGGGCAAAAGCAGAAAUCUUUGUUCAAGAGGCCAAAUUUGAGGUGAUUCUUAUAUAUGCAGCUAUUGGAAUUUUAUUUUAGGAUUUUCAGACUACAAUGAGGAAAAUGACUUGAUUUGAGGUUUACUUGAUUUGAGGUUUGCUUGAAUGUGAAAUGUCUUCUAUGGCCUUAAUCAUGGCAAUCCAUGUGCUAAAGUUUGGAAGCCUAUAGCUGAUAUCAAAAGGUUUGGGUCAGCAAAGCAGAGAAUGUUUUAAUUUCAGGCAUGUUGAGCUGCCUUUGAAGGAAGGCCAGUUUCACCUUAGUCAUAUUGUGUCACUGGUAUUCAUUACUCAGUUGGAAUCUGCCAGAAACAGAAAGCAUCCUAUUACCUUAGGCCCAGAAAAGAUAUCACAGACUACUUCCUACAAACAGAUAUUUUGUUUUGACAUGCCAACCAGAGUCAAAUAAGAGCUACAUUCUCCAUACGGAAACUCUCCGGCUUUUUUUUGAAUAUAGGUUGGCAUAUGAGAAUAUUUCAAACAUUUCUUCUUGUGUUUGGGCCCUUUUUUUAAAACCAAAUUAGCUAAAAUUCAACCCUCCAAAAUUGGCCAUUUCCAUCUUUGCUUCAUCUUACCGCCUUAUGGCACAAGUGCAUUUCCUGUCUCAGGAAAUCUAUGGUCAUCUUUUAUCAUAGGAACUUCCCAUCUUCACUGUUUUGUAUAGAUAU